AAAAGUAAUCUCAAAAAAACAGAAAGGGUUAUUAUAAUCGAAAGCCCAACCCACUUUGAGGCUCAUCAAUUCAUCGCCGCUUUGCACUGAAAACCUCAACUCACCGGAAAAUCACCCGGAGUUCUUCGUCGGCCGCCACAUACAGCGAAAAACUAUUAUUGGAAUCUCAGAGAGCAUGGACACUCAAAAAAGCCAAGUUGAAAAGCAGCCUUCGUCAACUGCAGUUGCAACUUCAUGUCGAAAGAAAAAGCACGAAGAAGCCGCAUUCUUGGACGAUAUAAAGGAUCACAUUGACGAGUUCAUUCAUGCUUCUAUGGACGAACACAAAACCUGCUUUCAGAAAACAAUUAAAAAGAUGUUUGGUUUGUCUAAGGUAGUUGCUGAAGCUAAUGCUGCUAAAGAAGUUGAAAGUUCUUUGGCUCUUCAGACAGUUUUAAAAGAGUAAAUUUAUUAAUUUUGAUAUGAACUGCUAGGUUUAAUUGAGUCAUGUGGUAAUAACCAACACAUAUUUUGUUACUAUUUUUGCAUUAGGAUUUAAGUAAAUGAAGAAAAGCUGUUUUUUGUGUCUGAAAAUAAAAACUCUAUUCAUGAAUUGUCUAUUCUAGGUAAGAGAUAAUCUUCUCAAAAAUGAGGAAAAUUCAGUUACUACAUCUAAACUUGUAGAAAAGUU